AUGCAAAAAAUUUGGGGUGUUGUCUUUUAUUUUAUUUUUUUAAAUAAAUAUAUAUAUACAAAAAAUGGUAAUUUGAGAAGUAAUAAUGACGGAAAAAAUACGCCAGAAAAAAAAAAAAAAAAAAAUUUGAAAAAUAGUUGGAUUCCUUAUUACUAUCCUCAGUGGAAUCAAAACAAAGUCCCUGAUAAUUUAUAUGACGUUCCUGAGAACAAGGGAAAUAAAAAUACAACAAAAUACAAAGAAAAAAUAAGUGGUGUUACGGAAAAAAAGAAAAAAUUAGAUGAAUUAAGAGACGUGAAUGAAGAUGAAGCACCAUACAAAUUACUAAGUGUAGGAGAAAAUAGUUCAGCAUCUGUUAAUGAAAGAGUAAAUGAAUCAUUAACUCCUGGAUAUAAUAAUGAUACAUCAGAAAAUACAUCACAAGAAUUUAUUGUAAUAGAUCCUAAUGUUGAAACAUUUGAUGAUGUAGCAGUAAACGAAAUAGCAACUCCUGAAUCUGAUAAGGCACCAUCGGAAUAUAAAUCAGAAGAACCGAAUGUAGUAAUUCAUAACAACGAAACAAUUGAGAGAGACAAAAACGAAGCAUCUCAUGAUAAAGAAGUAAUUGAAUCAUCAACUUUUGAAAAUGAUGAGGAAACAUCAGAAAAUAUAUCAAAAGAAUCUAAUGUAAUAUGUUCUGAUAGUCAAACAGUAGAGAGAAAUGAAAAAAAUUCUGAUGGUGGAAAUGUAACAUAUAAUACUAUAAGGAAGCAAGAAAUUGCAUCCGAAUUUGAGGAAAAUGAAAUAGACCAGGCAGAACAAAGUAGUGAUGUGGUUGUAACAUAUGAUAAUAAAAGCGAAGAUUCCAGCGUAGCACUAGAUGCUCAAGUAGAAUCCGUUUUUGAUAAAAAGACACAUGUAAAUAAGGAAGAGACAGAAGAACAGGAAAGUAAAACAGAUAUACAAAAAAUCAAUAGAGUUGAAGAACGAAAUGAACCACCAUAUCCUGGAGAGAACACACAUAAAGAAAAUGUAGUAGAACAGCGGAAAGAGGACUCCGAGUCAAGAAGAGAAAAACAAGUUCAAGUAGUACUUGAACCUCGACUGGAUAAUGAUAAAACACAAGAACAACCCAAAGAAAGAACUCAUAAUUCCGUAGAAAAGAUGGUGCAAAGGAAUGGGGAAAACGGUGUUGAAGAAGAGGAAGAAGAAGACGAAGAAGAAGACGAAGAAGAAGAGGAAGAAGAAGACGAAGAAGAAGAAGAAGAAGAAGAGGAAGAAGAAGACGAAGAAGAGGAAGAGGACGAAGAAGAGGAAGAAGAUGAUGAGGAAAAUCAUGACAGUGUAAUAUAUAAUAAAAAAGACAGUAACACAUAUUUUCCGCCUAAUGACAAACACGAUAAUAUGAAUAUAAUGCAAACAAUAACUAAGAUUCUACUAAGGAAUUUAUUAAAUUCAUUAAGUCAUGAUUAUGCACUUAAUGACCCCCUGAUGGGAUUAGAAAUGGGUCUUGUUAACCCCUUUUACCUUUUUUAA